GGCACGGCAUGUUUGGGAUUUUUUUUGCUGUGGAUGGAAACGUAAUUUCUGUCUAGUCAAUAGCAAAUCGCUGAUCGGGGUUUGAAAUUGACGCGGCGCAGAAGCGAAGACAACCACGACAGUGGAACGGGGAAGAUGUGCAAUUUGAAUAGACGUGUCUACGGAUAACGUUGGAAACAUUUAAUUGACGAAGGAUGUAUUAUUUUUUUUAACCAUAUCAUUUUAAAAUAUCUACAGUACCAUGUACUUUAUACUCGAUACCAAAGGAAAAAGCACACAGCUUUUUAUGAUAAUGUCUUGACACCAAGGGACCCUGACGCCCGAAAAUCUUCAAAGAUCAGUGUUGAGGUUCCGCGAGAAAAUAUAAAAUACGAGAUCAUUGGAUAAAACCAAGGAGUUAAACUCGACCUGUCUUAUUUCUGGCCUGUCACCCGCUCUUGCCCUUCAGAGGGAAAACGGGUGCUACAAGGCGAUUAAAACGACAAGUGAAAACACUAUGGAAAUCACUCCGAAUAGCACACCUGCAUCUGAGAAAACACUGUCUUUGCAACGCAGAACCAGAACAGGUUCAAUUGUCAAAAGCGAAUGUAAAGACAUCGGCAACGCAGAGGGCUCCAGACAACGCUGGGUCAGCGGUACCGACUCUAGUCAGUCUAAAGUUCUCUCUGAAUCAAACCCCGAACGACAGGAAAUGCAGCUGUAUUACGGUCAUUUAGUCUUAGGGACACCUCAUCUAAAAGUAAAUCGAGAGAAGCUGUUAACCUUUUAAACACUCCAACUAAAGGAGUUUAAAGGUUUCCGUCUAGAUUUGCGCCAAAACAACCAGUAACCCCGGGUAAAGUAGACGUGACAACCAGAGGACCAGACCAAAACCUUUUCAACACCCACGAGAAAGACUCCUUUCGAGAAAAUCACGGCAAAGAAGGAUGCCUUUGAGAGAUUGGCUGGGGAAAAAGGCUGUAACAAUGGCAAGCCUAGAGAGACUAAAGAAGCACACACAGGUGACCGUGGAGGCUGCGAAACCUGGUGCAACUCACAGUUCUCAGACGUUUCCGCUCAGUAGUCAAGGAGCAAACGUGGCCUCGACCUUUCCGUCAAUCCAUAGCGAUGUAAGCCUGGCAAGGUCCUCUACCCCUGCACCAACAUCCUAUGUCUCGACCGAGCCUUUGGUCCGAUCCAAGCCAGAUACCCUGAAGAUGGAGAACAGUGCUGUGACAGUUGCGGUCCGGCUGAGGCCAUUCAACACCAGGGGAGAAGACGGAGAAAGCAUCGCGGGUGAUCUUCAUGGAUAACCAGGAGACUGUUGUUCAACAUCCAGACACCAAGCAGGGGCACGCCUUCACAUAUGACUUCUCCUUCUGCUCUGUUGAUAAACAUCCAGACACCAAGCAGGGGCACGCCUUCACAUAUGACUUCUCCUUCUGCUCUGUAAAUAAACAUCCAGACACCAAGCAGGGGCACGCCUUCACAUAUGACUUCUCCUUCUGCUCUGUUGAUAAACAUCCAGACACCAAGCAGGGGCACGCCUUCACAUAUGACUUCUCCUUCUGCUCUGUUGAUAAACAUCCAGACACCAAGCAGGGGCACGCCUUCACAUAUGACUUCUCCUUCUGCUCUGUAAAUAAACAUCCAGACACCAAGCAGGGGCACGCCUUCACAUAUGACUUCUCCUUCUGCUCUGUAAAUAAACAUCCAGACACCAAGCAGGGGCACGCCUUCACAUAUGACUUCUCCUUCUGCUCUGUUGAUAAACAUCCAGACACCAAGCAGGGGCACGCCUUCACAUAUGACUUCUCCUUCUGCUCUGUAGAUAAACAUCCAGACACCAAGCAGGGGCACGCCUUCACAUAUGACUUCUCCUUCUGCUCUGUAAAUAAACAUCCAGACACCAAGCAGGGGCACGCCUUCACAUAUGACUUCUCCUUCUGCUCUGUUGUUCAACAUCCAGACACCAAGCAGGGGCACGCCUUCACAUAUGACUUCUCCUUCUGCUCCGUUGAUAAACGCGACCCCGGCUUUGCCAGCCAGCAGACAGCGUUUGAAAAAGUGGCCAAGCCUCUUCUGGAGAGGGCCUUUGAGGGGUUCAACACCUGCCUGUUUGCUUACGGUCAAACUGGGUCGAGGAAGUCCUACACGGACAUCUCACUCUGUUUCUUUCUCACUCGCUUUUCUCUUCACACACACACACACACUAGCUGAUUUUGUGUUGUUAUCACGAGUCUCCUUUUGUUGAAUCCAAAUGUGUAAAAUUGGACGAUGUUCCUCUAUCCUUCUGCUGUAUGAUGGGUUUCGAGGAGGCAGGGCUAACACCAAGAUUCUGCGAGGAGCUCUUUUCUCGGCUGUCUGCAGUUGACAAUCAGGAGGUCACAUGUCAUCUGGGGAUGAGCUACUUCGAGGUGUACAACGAGAAAAUCCAUGACUUGCUCGUGUUCAGGGAAGAACAAAAACACAGCUCUGAGGGUGAGGGAACAUCCAGUCGACGGGCCUUAUGUUGCUGAGCUGUCCACGGUUGGCUGGAGCUUGGGAACAAGCAGUGAGCCUCUGCAGCCACAGGCAUGACCGACAAGAGCUCCCGAUCCCACUCGGUCUUCACCCUGACCCAGACCAAGAAUGAGUUUGUGGAGGGGGAAGAACAUGACCGCAGAAUCAACCUGGUGGACUUGGCCGGCAGCGAGCGCUGCUCCUCAGCCCAGACCGGCGGUGACCCCCUCAUGGAAGGUGCCAGCAUCAACAAGUCCCUGCUGAGCCAGUGGAAGGUGAUCUCUGCACUGUCAGAGCAGGCCCAGACUUGGAGGAAGGUCUUUACCCCCUGCUGUGCUCACGUGGCUGCUGAAGGAGAGCCUGGACGGCCAUGAUCGCCACCCUGAGCCCAGCGGGCAGCAACGUGGAGGAGAGCCUGGACGGCCAUGAUCGCCACCCUGAGCCCAGCGGGCAGCAACGUGGAGGAGAGCCUGGACGGCCAUGAUCGCCACCCUGAGCCCAGCGGGCAGCAACGUGGAGGAGAGCCUGGACGGCCAUGAUCGCCACCCUGAGCCCAGCGGGCAGCAACGUGGAGGAGAGCCUGGACGGCCAUGAUCGCCACCCUGAGCCCGGCGGGCAGCAACGUGGAGGAGAGCCUGGACGGCCAUGAUCACCACCCUGAGCCCGGCGGGCAGCAACAUGGAGGAGAGCCUGAGCACGCUGCGGUACGCCAAGCAGGCCCGCAGGAUCAUCAAUGUGGCCAAGGUCAACGAGGACACCAACGCCAAACUCAUCAGAGUCAUUACAAUGAGCACAUCCUCCUAUGGCUUCUCCCACCAGCCUCCACUGGUAUCAAAAAGCUGAAAGCUGAGGUAGAGAAGUUACGGGCGGCUCUGAUGAGCUCUAAGGGCAACGAGCCGGAGAAGAUGGGCCUCUUCCAGCAGGAGAUCUUGGCUCUGAAGAGCCAGCUGACGCAGCAGGAGAGGGAGAUUGCCGAGGCCCACAGAGCGUGGAGAGAGAAGCUGGAGCAGGCAGAGAAACACAAACGUGAGGAAACCAAUGAAUUACAGGAAGCGGGCUGUGGACAACCGACUACCCAACUUGGUGAUCCUGAACGAGGACCCACAGCCGUCAGAGAUGCUGUUAUACAUGAUGAAGGAGGGACAGACCAAGGUCGGCCAGCACAAGUCAGAGUCCCCCCACGACAUCCAGCUGUCUGGGGCCCUUAUCGCCGACCACCACUGGAGGAGGAGAGCAAGAGGAAGCGGCAUUGGGAGAUGGACCAGCAGCUGGUAGCCUCCAAGAUGGAAGAGCUGCAGUCGGCCAAGGUGGAGCUGGAGCAGGAGGUGAACACGCACAAGACAUGUCUUCGCCUCCACAUGGAGGCCUAGGCUGCAUGGCGGGCCGUGGCUGGCCAAGGUGGUGGAGGCCCUCGAGGCAGAGAAGUGGAAGAUCGGCAAAGACCUCAAGGAGAUGCAGAGGAAACUGGCGUUGAAAGGAAGCCGGACUACGAGAAACGACACGAGGGGUCUGAGAAGAGGUGCGGAGAGGGAGAGCUGCAGGUGCAGGUCAGAAACACCAAACUGGGUAUCUCCACCUUCUGGAGACUGGAGAACUUCCAGAGCAACCUGGCCCGCCCGUGAGGGGACUCGACCAGGGGAACCGCAGCGCCUCUGAAGAUGACGACGUGUGUUACGACCCCAAUGAUGAGUGGGAGAAAGAUAUAUCUGCCUCCUCAACCGCCGCCUCCUUUUCACGCAGAAGGAGCAGAAUCCUGUUGAAGAGCAGGAGAAUUUUAGGGCGUCUCUAUGAAAUCAGAGUGCACCCUAUUCAGAGCCUUCAUUAUAGCAACUUGUCACAGUCCUCUGGUCAGGGUGUGUGAGGGAAGGACUUGGGUCUGUUGGGUGUGGCCAAACCACCCUCUCUGCACCCAAGCUCGUCAGACUCCGUCCUGCCGGGGAUCUGCAAAGAUCUGAUUGGUCAGACGGUAGGGCGGCUGCUCGAGUGUCAUAGCCACGAGGAGAGCAUGGCAGACAGGCCCACCUCUGACCUCUGCUGCGUGUGCACGGCCGUGACGACCAUCUCCGACCUGUAUGACGGCCUGGACAUUGACAGUCAGGAGAACAGGCUGUGACUCUGCGAUCUCGUCCAUGUUGAACGAGGCCCAGUGGUCAGUGUCUGGACUCGGCCCUGCAGGUCAUAAGCUACCUGGCGGCGUUGACCAGGACCCAGAUCCACGUGACCGAGCUGUGGGCCGAGGCCACGGGCAAGGUAAAGUGACACCGGCCUCAUCGCCUGCCGAGAAACUGUCUUCUCGUCCAAGACCAUCGACGAGGUCAUCAACAGCCUCCCCAGUGGCGCCAACAACUUCAGCCUCCGUCUGCCCUGCAUGCAGACCCUCAUGGCGGCCCGGGAUGAGCUCCACGCUGCCCUGCAGUCCCUGAGUAACGUCUUCAACCCCCAGGGACAUAAGGAGGAGAAGACAGGGUAUUUUGGUUCAGAGAAAAGCUUAGUAGAAAUGUGUCUGGUGAAGGAGGGGCCCAUGGUGGCUUCAACCAUGGGAAGGAACAGAGGAGCCCCUAAGAUUGUUUAUUCUCUCUCUUCAGGGGUGUCUUCGUCUAACGAUGAUGAUGUGUGAUGGGUUUGAUGCACAGGCGCGAUGAGCUGAUCUGGGUCGUGUUUCUGUAGGCAUGUAACUGCAGAAAAAAAAACUGGUAAAUGGUGAGGUAGUGAGAUCUGAACUUGUCCAAUAAGGAACACUUGUUUUUUGGUUUCUGUUGCAAAACACUUUGCUACGGUGUGCCCUAAUGAACAUGAUGCAGAUGAUCAUUGUAAAAAAAUUAUACUGGUUCAAUGCCAUUGAUAGAAAGAACCUACAGUGAGAAUGUUUACGUCAACGGUCUAUCCAAUUGCACUAAAACCCGAGGUUCCCUGUUGAAUGCUUUAUUUUGGCCAUUAAAGAUUUAAUUAAAUUGUAAAGUACUUGGUAAUUAAAUUGUACAGCAGUGGAUUUGUUUGCCAUUUUGGUUAGAUCUUCUCAUUCUUGGUUCCUUUUGUGUGUAAACGUCUUUUUCAUAUUGUUGCAUUAAAACAUGUGUAGGUGAAGGCACAACUUACUGUAGCUCACUCAAAGCAGUUAGAGGUGUUAUGGUCAGGCUAUCCUUGGGAGGCUAUCAGUGCGUCAACUAUAUUCACUUAAA